AUGCAACUUGCCAAAUUCGUCGCAUUCUGCUAUGACGCAUUGGCGAAAAUCAAACCGUCGCAAGAAUUUAGCCGACUUCCUCUUCGCGAUGUGGUAUCGAAAAUGUUUCAUAGUGACUUGUAUGAUAACCUGUCAUUAAUAAGAACAUUUAUUCUCAAAAAAUUUUUGGACACUGUCAAUUUUCUAUCAGACGCUGAGGAAUUUGCUGAGGCCAAAAAAUGUUUGUCGGAACAGUAUGAGAUGACGUGCAAUGCGUAUCCGAAUCUUGUAAGUCGAAAAAUGCUUCAAGACAUUUCGUAUUGA